AUGCUGCCAGCCUGGGCGCUGCUCGCCUUCUGCGGCCUGGUCCUGAGCACCACGGGGGACCUGUCCCCAGAUUUCUGUUCCCAGACCUUUAACUUAGGUGUAAAGCCAGGAUUUCCCAAAACAAUCAACACCAACGACCCGGGAGUCCUCAAAGCAGCCAGACACAGUGUUGAAAGGUUCAACAACUGCUCAAAUGACAUCUUCUUGUUCAAGGACUCCCAUGUCAGCAGAGCCCUGGUCCAGAUAGUGAAAGGCCUGAAAUACAUGCUGGAUGUGGAAAUUGGCAGAACUACUUGCAAGAAAACCAGACACCCCAGUCUGGACGACUGUGACUUCCAGACCAACCACACCUUAAAGCAGAUUCUCAGCUGCUACUCUGAAGUCUGGGUCAUCCCCUGGCUCCAGAGGUUCGAGGUGCCCGUGCUGCAGUGUCACUGACGUCCACCUCGCAGCAAGACUGCAGC